AACUAACCACCCCACAAAAUGUCUUCGUUUACCAUACCUGUCAUCAACCUCGAAGUGAAAGAAGUUAAGGAAAUAGUAUGGGAGAAAAUCCAGGAACCGGUCAAUCAACGGCGCCUCGUCCUGGUCAUUGUGUCCAUUGCUCUGCUGCUGGACAAUAUGUUGUAUAUGGUGAUAGUGCCUAUAAUACCCGAUUAUCUGAGAGAAAUUGGCAGUUUCGAAGUGGAUGAGGUAACACAGGCCCCGGUACGUGACAAUCGCACUGGCCUAAUACUGCCCGUACAUCAUGAUCAUCAUGGCCAGGACUCGGCCACGGGUAUCCUCUUCGCCUCCAAGGCCAUUGUCCAGCUGAUGGUUAAUCCCUUCUCGGGUGGCCUCAUCGACAAGAUUGGCUAUGACAUCCCGAUGAUGAUCGGUCUCACGAUUAUGUUCUUCUCGACAGCUGUCUUUGCAUGCGGCAGCAGUUACAGUGUCCUGUUCUUUGCACGGUCUCUGCAAGGAGCUGGUUCAGCUUUUGCUGAUACCUCUGGCUUAGCUAUGAUUGCCGAUCGCUUUACCGAGGAGAAUGAGCGUUCUCAGGCCCUCGGCAUUGCCUUGGCCUUCAUUAGCUUUGGCUGUCUGGUGGCACCGCCAUUUGGCGGGGCACUUUAUCAGUUCGCUGGCAAGGAAGUGCCCUUCCUCAUCCUGGCCCUGGUGUGUCUAAUAGACGGCCUGAUGCUGCUGCUUGUUAUGAAGCCAGUCAAAGAACAGCUGGCCCAGAGUAGAGAAGUCAAACAGGAGACCAUUCCGAUAUGGCGUCUGCUGAUGGAUCCCUAUAUUGCAGUGUGUGCCGGCGCCCUGACAAUGUCCAAUGUGGCGCUGGCCUUCCUCGAACCCACCAUAUCGCUGUGGAUGGAGGACAACAUGACCACAGAUAACUGGAAAAUCGGUAUGGUAUGGCUGCCGGCGUUCUUCCCUCACGUACUGGGUGUGGUCAUCACGGUGAAAAUGGCACGCAAAUACCCUCAACACCAAUGGUUGAUGGCGGCCGGUGGUUUGGCCCUCGAAGGUCUCUCGUGCUUUAUUAUACCCUUCUGUAGCUCCUAUAAAAUGCUCAUGAUUCCCAUCUGUGUCAUAUGCUUCGGCAUUGCCCUCAUCGAUACUGCCCUGCUGCCCACACUGGGCUAUUUGGUGGAUGUACGCUAUGUAUCGGUAUAUGGUUCGAUUUAUGCCAUUGCCGAUAUCUCCUAUUCGAUAGCCUACGCCGUGGGUCCCAUAAUAGCGGGAGGCGUGGUUGAGGCCAUCGGUUUUACCGCAUUGAAUUUCCUCAUUGCAUUUUCGAAUUUGCUGUAUGUGCCCGUAUUACGGAAACUGCGUAAUAUUUACGACUUCAAGCCAUUCGAAAAUGAGGCUAAUAUUCUAAUGCAAGAUCCACCGAAUAAGGAGUAUCAGACGUAUGUUAUGCAGGAUCAACAGCCUGUCGAUGGUGAAUUUAAGAAUCAUCUGGAGUAUGGGCAACAAUAUCAGCAGGAGCAGGAAACGAAUUUGGAUGAGGCGGGCAAUUAUGAUUAUCAAUCGGCUCAGGGUGGGGGCUAUCAGCAACAAGGUGGCGGAGGUGGAGGAUCUGGUUAUCAGCAGGAUUCACAAUAUCAACAAUCAUAUCAGCCGGGUUAUCAGGAGCAGGGUGGCAUGGCGUAUCAACAGCAACAACAACCUAGCUCAGAUGGUAGACAUCUUCCUCAGCAAAGAAUGGCAAAUCCCUUUCAACAGCAACAGCAGCAGCAACAACAACAGCCGGCCCCCGCACCAAGUGGUCCAGCAAAUCCCUUCAGACAAGGAUUUUAAACUGUUGUCUUAUACAAAAUUAGCGGUAAUUUAUUUUUGUUUCUAUUUUAUUGAUCGUUUAGCAUUGAAAUUCCGUUAAAAAAAAAAACUAUCAUAAAAAAUAUAAAAAAACAAC